GUUUCAUCCCUUCCAUUGGACGGGCGCCUUUAGUUUGAAACCUCCAUCCAUGUCUCUCGGCGCAUGAGCCCUUUGGAUGUGGUGGGAUGCGGAUUCGAGCUGGGCCUCAGCGAGGUGGCAUCAGCUGGUGGCAUUACAGCACUGCGCCGUAGGCACCUGCGCUCCGUUGCCUGUGGCACCUGCGCUUCCGGCGGUGAAAGGCGAGGCCGCCUUCGCCCCGCCGACUUCGGCGGUGCCAAGCACCCCUGCGACCCACUCCGCAGAGCACGGCGCGGCGGAGCACGGAGCAGCCCGGCGAGUGACCACCCGGCUGCCUCAAGCGAAGGCGAAGGCGAAGACGAGUGGUCUACUGGUUCGAAUUUCCAGCCAUGUGCAAAGCUUCGACGACCAUCUCGAUGCGGAAGGACUUCAUCUCAGGGACUUGGUCCUCGAAGGCCUUCGCUCCGAGGCCUGCGGGCGCACCGGUCGGCGCGGCAUCCAGGUGAGCGACAGCGAGGACGAGAGCCAAGGUGCUGUCCGACCAAGGCGACCGGAAGCCUCACCAAGCCCGGAGGAGUCCAAAGAGGACGACGCGGGCACGGCGCACUCGGACACCGUCUUGCACUUGCGGAACUUCCUGGAGUCGGGUGGCUGGAAUUGUUGCCUCCUGGAGCGCCACAGCGCUGGUCGCCCGGUGCUACGCCGUGAGCGGAUGCCCUUCGCGCGGCAUGCGGCGUGGCAGCGCCUGCGGAGCGCCAGCAUGCAGGAGGGAGUCACUGCGCGCGGUUGGGUGUGUGCUCACCAUGAGAAGCACGGAGCGAUCGUGCGCCUCAUGGCGGUCGAGGUGCCCCAGGUGGAAGAUGGGGCCGAGGAGAAGCCAGGCUUGGCGUCCACGAGCAAAGCGGAAAGUCCCCUACCGUUACUGCCUCCAGUCGACGGCGAAGGUUUGCUGGGCUUGCUAUGCCAGGAGGACGGCCGGGACGCAGCUCCUCAGCUGGGAACACCCCUGCGGGUGCGCUUCCUCAGCGAUACGCCCAUGCAGCGGCGCCUGCUGCGGGAGGUUGGGGCCAGCUGCAGGGUGUCCAUGGACAGUGAGCUGGCCCCUGGUCUCAGCAGUGAGUGCCGGCCGCUGGGCGCUUUGGGCCCCGGCCGAAGCGAAGAGUGGCCUGAGGGCGGCAUCAGUGAGAUCUUGCGUUCCGAUCCCUGCCAAAGUGCGGCGGCCGCGGUUGUGAGGUCAUCGAAGGGCCCUUUGGCCAUUCAACAGGCCCGAAGCCUGGGGAUCCACGGGCUGCAUGGAAGUCUUGUGGCCGGCAGCGCCCACGAAGCAGGCCAGGCCGCACGCUUGAGCAAGCUGCAGAGCCGCACCUGGGCCGAUCAACGGGUGCGCGAGGGCCUCGCCAAGGCCCGUGCCGGCGACCAGAAGGCAGCCAUGGAGAGGUACGACGCGGCCUUGGAGCUUUGCCCACAGCACAAGGAGGGCCUCGUUGGACGCGGUGCUGCGCUGGCCAACCUUGGCAAAGCCAGGGAGGCGCUCAAGGACUUCGACGCGGCGCUGCGGAUCGACCCCGAGGACGCGAACGCCCUGAAGUACCGGGACAUUGCCCGGAAGAGGGCACGCGAAGCGGAAAUUGCUUCUGCAAAGCGCCCACGCGCGGGUUAGAUGCGGAAGAGAAAACAUCGAUGUUGCUGUGGGCAACGAGGAAUGAAGAGUUUUGAUUAGACCGUAAAUGAUCCGUUGUUUCUGGGCAUCCUGAUAUACCCUCCAAUAAGCUCCCGACACUGAACUCCUGGUGAAGAGUUGAGUAAUGAGCCCCACCAGUCCACCAGUUCCUAGAUGUGCCUUGAAGAGAUGAGCUUUCCCUGAAAAAGAUGACCGGAACUCAAGAAACU